UUCUAGAGCCUGUUGACCAAAUAGCUGUUGAGCACACCGCAGAUGACAUUUAGCACAGACAAACAUGGCGGACGCUGCCGACUGGUGAGAGGCUUCUGCGAGAAUGGUGGAACCUGCUUACAGACCUCCAACGGCACCAAACUUUGUCUGUGCCCCACCAAGUACGUCGGGCACCAGUGUGAGCUGGACAAAUGUCAGUUCUGCGGAACGGGCAAAUGUUUGACGUCAGCCUCAGGGGAGGUUUCCUGCAGCUGUCCAAAUGGUCAGAUCCAACCCAGCUGCUAUACCUGUUCAAACUACUGCGCACAUGGACAGUGUUCAGUAGACAAUCGCACACUGCUGCCACAGUGCACGUGUGCUGUUGGAUGGAGGGGAUACAGAUGUGAUAUCACAGCUCCUAUAGAGUCUCAUACUUCUAGUGGUAGUACUGCGUCAAUCAUCGUCCCAGUGCUGCUGCUGCUGUUGCUGGCAUUGCUGGUGGUUGGUGCCAUCUUGUGGUACAAGCAGAGAAUGCGUGGUGCCAAGGGCUUCCAGCACCACCGAAUGACCAACGGGGCCAUGAAUGUUGAGAUUGGAAACCCUGCCUAUAAGAUCUAUGAAGGAGAUCCUGAUGAUGAUGCUGGGGAACUUCUGGAGUCCGACUUUGCUUUAGACCCAGACAAGCCCACCAACUUCACGAACCCAGUGUAUGCCACCCUGUACAUGGGUGCCCACAACAGCCGCAAUUCUCUGGCGAGCACUGAUGAAAAGAAGGAGCUCCUCUCCCAGGUUGACGAGGACAUGAGCGACCCCCUGGCAUAGACCUCGGCAUGGACUGAACUCUGCCAACAUUGCCCUGCCUCGCCCAACCUAGAGCCAGCGAGCUCUCUCAUUUUAUGCCUUUACCAACUGAAAAGAAAAGCAACAAAAAAACAUAAAAACGAGAACACUGUAUAAAAUGUAUAAAAUGAAGAACUACUUUUUUUAAGUGAUUGCAGUAUUAUAUUUUGUUCUUUGACAAAAAGGAAAACAAAUCCUCUGGUGACGGAAAAGAAACCAUUUUAUAGACAUUUUAUCCAGUUCUUUUUCAUUUUGCUCACUUCCUCACAACUUCUCUCUCUCUCUCUCACACACACACACACACACACACACA